UGUCCCCUUCUCUCAAUAGUUCUCCUGUUUGUUCGAAAUUGGUUGUGUGCUACAUGUAUGGGAUAUCCUAAAGCAUAUACUAACUAGGCCUUUGAAAACUUGGCCUUUGAAAGCUUUGUCCACUAUGACGCGCUCCUCAGCAGCGCUGCUCAUCGCCCUUGCAGCUUGCUUCAACGUCCAAGGAUCUGCAGGGCUACGUGACGACCCUGUAAUUCUACAACGGGCCUGUCCUGACUAUGUCGCAUAUUCCUCGGCGCCGCAUUCCCCAUACAGUGGGGGUCCAUUGAACCUCCCCUUCCAACGACCAGCGCAAGAAUGUCGCACUUUCAGCUCUCCAGCGGUAGAACAGGUCAUCGAAGACAUCACAUCACGCAUAGUCGACAAGGAUCUGGCUCAAUUGUUCAAAAACGCCUUCCCCAAUACUCUAGACACCACCAUCCGAUGGCACUCAGACGGCACCUCAGCCAAACCACAACAGAGGACUAGAAGAAACGGUGCUCAGUGGGAAGGGCCGCAAACGUUCGUCGUGACAGGCGAUAUCAACGCCGAGUGGCUGCGCGACUCAACAAACCAACUAUCUGGCUACCAAGCCCUAGCCAAGAAGGACAAGAAACUGCAUACCCUCAUCCUAGGAGCAAUCAAUACGCAGGCAGAGUUCGUCAUCCAGUCUCCUUACUGUAAUGCCUUCCAGCCUCCACCACCCAGCGGCAUUCAGCCGACCAACAGCGGACAAGAUGACAAGGUCCAUCCCGCCUACGAGCCGUCCGUGGUAUUCGAAUGCAAGUACGAACUAGACUCACUAGCCAACUUCCUCGCUCUUGGGACAGAAUUCUACGAGAACACAGGAUCGACCGAGUUCCUCACCGACCGCUGGUACCUCGCCCUAGAUACCCUCCUGAAAGUGCUAGACGCGCAGUCCCUACCAACCUUCAACGACAACGACCAGUUCGUUACCAACCAGUACACAUUCCAGCGCUCCACCACCCUGGGCACAGAGACCCUCAACCUAGCGGGAGUCGGUAACCCCCUGAACCGCGGCACUGGGCUCAUCCGCAGCGCCUUCCGGCCCAGCGACGACGCCACCAUCCUGGGCUUCUUCAUCCCCCCAAACGCCAUGAUGGCCGUCCAGCUCAAGAAAACAGCCGAGGUGAUCCGCAAAGCAGGAGGGAAGGCCGACCUGGCGGACCAGCUUCAAGAGCGAGGCGAAGACCUGGACAAGGCUGUCCGGAAACACGGUAUAGUCAAUCACCCCAAGUACGGGGACGUCUUCGCGUUCGAAGUCGAUGGCUACGGGUCCCGGAUUAUCAUGGAUGACGCGAACGUCCCGUCUCUCCUUUCGCUCCCGGUCCUGGGCUACACCGACCGAGAUGAUAUGGUGUAUCAGAAUACCCGGAAGAUGGUCCUUGAUAAGGACGCUAACCCGUACUACCUGGUUGGCUCCGCUUUCCAGGGUAUCGGUGGUCCUCAUAUCGGCCUUGGAAACGCCUGGCCCAUGUCCCUCCUCAUACAGGCCAUGACCUCCGACUCGGAUGACGAGAUCAUCGAGUGCAUCAAUCAUGUCAGAAACUCGAGUCUCCUGGGUCUCGUGCAUGAAUCUAUUGAUGUCAACAAUAUCAAGAAGUAUACGAGGCCGUGGUUUGCAUGGGCGAACUCCGUCUUUGCUCAGACUAUUUUGAAGGUUGCGGAGGAAAGACCGCAUUUGAUUUUUGGGGAGGGGGCGAAGCCUUACGUUAUUGAAUGAGUUGGUUGAUUGGCUUCGCCAUGAGAGGUUUAUACCCGAAUGUUUUCUUUGUUUUUAAUAUUGUUAUCAGCGUAACGAGGUUCUUAAUCUGCAGUGUAUAUACGUGGCUUUAGGUCAUGAGUUGUGUAAGGUAAA